AUGAAUCUGUUAGGCACUAGAAACAUGAUGACUCUGUCUAAGAGAUCUUCGAAGACGAAGACUGGUUCUGUUUGGUUUUCGUAUCUAGAGGAACAUCUAGUAAAUGUACACAUAUUUGAAGAAUCUCCACGCGAUUCUAGAGAUGCAAUUUGCAAAUUGUGUAAAAGUACGGUUUCUUUUGAAUCUUUCGCAUAUUAUUGUCGUGAAUGUAGAUCCCAUUUCCAUAAGGAUUGUCUCACAAUAAUCAAUGCAAAGAUUCAUGAGCAUACACUAACUUUCAUUCGUAGAGAGAAUCCGUUCCCUUGUGAUGUUUGUGGGAGGGAUGAUAAAGGUAUGGAUAUGUACGGAUGUUUACAAUGCGAUUUCUUUGUACAUAGACAGUGUAUAUUCCUACCAAAGGUUAUAAAGCUCACACGUCACUCACAGCGUCUCUCUCACGUUUUUCGUAUCUCUGAUGGUGAUAACAUUUGUGGAGUUUGCCGGAGCCAAGUUGAUGUUAGAUAUGGAGGAUAUUCUUGUAUUGAGAAGACAUGUAAUUAUGUUGUCCAUUCAAGCUGUAUAAUUCGUUUUGAUGUGUGGGAUGGCAAAGAUCUUGAAGAAGAGCCUGAACCAGAGGAGAUUGACUCUCAAGUUGAUCUUGCUGCGUUGGUGGAAAUAGAUGGAAAAUCAGUACGCCAUUUUAGCCAUGAACAUGAUUUAUUGAGACUCGAUAUGGGCGAAAAAGAAGAAAGUGGACAAGUAUGUCAAGCCUGUGUCCUUCCAAUUGAAUUUGGUAGUUUCUUGGGUUGCAAGCAAUGCGACUUUGCUCUUCACGACGUGUGUGCGAGUCUUCCUCGGAAGAUGGAACAUGGGAUACAUAUUCAUCCGCUUACCAUACAUGUUGACGCGAUGAACAACGAAAAUGGGUUCUUCACUUGCUCUGUAUGUAACCAACAUUCUUGCGGAUUCAUGUACAAGUGUUGCCAAGAAGAUUGUGAGUUUAAAAUAGAUGUGAAGUGUGCUUCUUUUGCCGAACCAUUCGACCAUAGUAUGCAUAAACAUCCUCUUUAUCUGGCUAUAUACUUUGAUGAAUUUAUUUACAGGUGUGAAGGUUGCACUCAAUCUUCAAGAUUUGCAGCAAAAUGUUACAAAGGAUGCUGGUUUCCCUUGGAGUUCAAAUGCUUGAAUUUACCAAAACUGGUAAAAUACAAGUAUGACUCGCACUCACUCACUCUAUACAGUGAUAAAUAUUACUCGAAGAGUUUUCAGCUUGAGUGGUGGUGUGAGAUUUGCGAAGAAAAUAUAAACAAAAAGAAACUUUUCUACACCUGCCAUGAAUGCUGCACGACUCUACAUGUUGAAUGCAUCUUAGGGAAAUACCCUUAUUUGAAGUCUGGCCAUAGGAUCAAAGUUAGUGGUUUGGAGGUCGAGAUUGCUUCAAACAAUGGUGUUUCUCGGCCGGUGUGUCAUACAUGUCACCGUAUUUGCCAAGACAAAAAAAAAUUUAAUGGAAAAGAUGAUGUAUAUUUUUGUUCUAUCAAGUGUAUUCAUUCUACCAAAUGA